CUGCUCCUCUCCUGCCCAGAGCUGGCUUCUCAUGGAACUGCCAAGAUGUUCGUGUCCAGGUUGCUGGAUUUCCAGAAGACCAGAUAUGCAAGGUUCAUGAAUCACAGGGUCCCGUCCAACCGCAGGUACCAGCCGACGGAUUACGAGCACGCUGCCAACUGCGCCACACAUGCUGUGAGUGGGGCUCGCUUUCUCCUUGGGGAGCGGGAUGGUGUCCAAAGGGGAGAGCGUGGGGUUGGCAGUCCCGGCUACUUCUUGCCUAAUCUUUCUCAUUGUCUUGCUUCUGUUUAUGUUUCUGGACACCAGCCCAACACUGAAGGUCUCUUGGAGCUGCUGGCAGGUGGUAUCUUUUACUGCCUGGGCACCGUAUUCUUCAAGAGCGAUGGACGCAUCCCUUUCGCUCACGCCAUCUGGCACCUGUUUGUGGCAACCGGAGCUGGUAUCCAUUAUUACGCCAUUUGGAGGUACCUCUAUCAGCCUGACGCUCUCGAGGGUAAAACCUCCACCUAGACAAAUGCCUUAAGGAUUCAACUAUACAGGGGUUUGGAUGA